AUGACGUCCAUCCUCUCUGCUCUUCUCUGCCUCGGGCUGAGUCUGGACCAGAGGACCCGUGUGCAGGCAGGGACCCUUCCCAAACCAACCCUCUGGGCUGAGCCAGGACCUGUGAUGCCCUGGGGGAUCCCCGUGACCAUCUGGUGUAAGGGUUCCCCAGGGGCUGAGGAGUACUGUCUGUAUAAAGAGGGAAGCCCAGCACCAUGGAAAAGACUGGAUCUACUAGAGCCCGGGGACAAGGCCAAGUUCUCCAUCACAUACAUGACAGACCAUAUUGCAGGGAUAUAUCACUGUUACUAUCGCAGCACUGCUGGCUGGUCAGAGCGCAGUGACCCCCUGGAGCUGGUGGUGACAGGAUCCUAUGGCAAACCCAGCCUCUCAGCCCUGCCCAGCCCUGUCGUGACCUCAGGAGGGAACGUGACCCUCCAGUGUGGCUCAGGGCAGGGAUUUGACAGGUUCAUUCUGACUAAGGAAGGAGAUCACAGGUUCCUCUGGACCCAGGACUCACAGCCACAGCCCAGUGGGCAGUCCCAGGCCCUGUUCCAUGUGGGCCCUGUGACCCCCAACCACAGGGGGACAUUCAGAUGCUAUGGCUGUUACAGGAACUGGCCUCAUAUGUGCACACGCUCCAGUGAUACCCUGGAGCUCCUGCUCCCAGGUGAGUUUGGGAAGCCCUCCCUCCUGAGCCAGCAGGGCCCCAUCGUGGCCUCUGGACAGAGCCUGACCCUCCAGUGUCGCUCUGAUGUCGGCUAUGACAGAUUCGCUCUGCACAAGGACGGGGGACAGGACCUCCCCCAGAGUCUUGUCCUGCAGCCCCAGGCUGGGCUCUCUCAGGCCCACUUCCCCCUGGGCACUGUGAGCAGCUCCCACGGGGGCCGGUACAGAUGCUACGGUGGAUACAACCUCUCCUCUGAGUGGUCGGCCCCCAGCGACCCCCUGGACAUCCUGGUGGCAGGACAGCUGUCUGACACACCCUCCCUCUCGGUGCAGCCAGGCCCCAGGGUGGCCUCAGGAGAGAAUGUGACCCUGCGGUGUCAGUCACAGAGCCAGAGGGACACGUUCCUUCUGUCCAAGGAGGAGGCAGCCGAUCCCCCCUCUCGUCUGAGAUCAGAGCACCGAGCUCAGCAGUUCCAGGCAGAGUUCUCCAUGAGUCCUGUGACCUCAGCCCACAGGGGGACCUACAGGUGCUACAGCUCACACAGCUCUUCCCCCUUCCUGCUGUCACUCCCCAGUGAGCCCCUGGAGCUUCUGGUCUCAGAACCCUCUGGAGGCACCAGCCCCCGACCCACAGGGCCCGCCUCCACAGCUGGAGGCUCUAAGGAUCCAUCUCUCCCACCCACAGGGUCAGGCAUGCAGACGGGUCCCAAAUGGUACAUGGUCAUCCUGAUUGGGUUCUCGGUGGCCCUCGUCCUGCUGCUCUCCCUCCUCCUCUUCCUCCUCCUCCGACACCGACGUCAGAGCAAAGGCAGGAUGUCAGGGACCACACACCCAGAGGCCAUGGACAGAGGCCCGCAGAUCAGUUCCAGCCCAGCUGCAGAUGCCCAGGAAGAGGCUCUUUCAGAUGCUUCUGUGAAGGACCCACAGCCUGGGGAGAGCGUGGAGCUGGACCCUCAGCAGAACGGGCAGGAUGAAGGCCCCCAGGGAGUGACGUACGCCCAGGUGAACUGCUCAAGACCAAGAUCCGGACCUGGAAUGCCCACCUCUCCUUUGCCUCUGUUGAGGGGAUUGCUGGACACAAAGGGCAGACAAGCAGAAGAGGACAGACAGAUGGACAGUCAAGCUGCACCUGACGCCCAACAGGAUGUGACCUACGCCCAGCUGAAUCUCUUGGCCCUCAAUCAGAGGACAACUGCACCCCAUUUCUCCCCAUCCGAUGAGCCCCCAGAUGAGCACAUUUUGUAUAUUGCUCUGUCUGUCCCCUAGCCCAGGAAAGACCCAAACCCCACAUUUCAGGAAGGGGGCCUGCACAUACCCCCAAAAGCCGGAAUGCUGCCCCAUGGGCACGUGGCUAGUGCCCCAGCCUGGAGACCUGACAGGGACCACCCACAGCUCCUGAGGCCUCUGGGAGUCUCCAAGUUUAUAGUCGAAGAUAACCUGUAUCUCUACCUUUUACAAAUAAAGCAACAGACUUCU